AUACACAAAUAUUUCAUAGACAUUAUUUUUCAGAAAGACCAAUGGAUCCCUCUAAUCCUGAGGAAUCUUCUGGUGAUCCACAUACUAUUAUUACUGAAACAAAUCUGAGAUCUCACAGAACAGAUCCAUCUAAUCCUGAGGGAUCUUCUUUAAGCCAUAAAGGAUUUCAUACAGGAGAACGUUCCUUGUCAUCUACAGCGUCUGGGAAUUCUUUCGAAGAAACAAGAAAGCCUUCUACACACCAGAGAAGUGAGCGUCCUUUCUCAUGUUCAGAGUGCGGGAAAUGUUUUGUUCGUAAAGAUAACUUUCUUAAUCACCAGAGAAUUCACAAAGGUGACCGCCCGUAUUCGUGUUCAGACUGCGGGAAAAGUUUCAUUCAAAAAAGCAACCUUCUUAACCACCUGAGACUUCACACAGGCGAGCGUCCCUAUUCAUGUUCGAAGUGCGGGAAAUGUUUUAAUCAGAAAGUAGACCUGGCCACCCACCAGAGGUUUCACACGGGUGAACGUCCUUUCUCAUGUUCGGAGUGCGGGAAAAGUUUCCGUGACAAAAGAAGCCUUCUUAAACACCAGAAAAUUCACACAGGGGAGCGUCCUUUUUCAUGUUCAGAGUGCGGGAAAUGUUUUUUUCAGAAAGUGGAACUUGUUAAUCACCAGAAAAUUCACACAGGCGAGCGUCCUUUCUCAUGUUCAGAGUGUGGGAAAGGUUUCAUUCAUAAAGGCAACUUUCUUAAACACCAGAAAACUCACACGGGCGUGCGCCCUUUUUCAUGUUUAGAGUGCGGGAAAUGUUUCAUUCAGAAAAGUAGCCUUGUUUUUCACCAAAGAAUUCACACAGGUGAGCGACCUUAUUCAUGUUCAGAGUGCGGGAAAUCUUUCACUCAAAAAAGACACCUCGUGAUCCACCAGAGGAUUCACAAGAGCGAGCGUCCUUUCUCAUGUUCGGAGUGCGGGAAAUGUUUCAGCCAGAAAGGAAGCUUUCUUAAUCACCAGAGACUUCACACCGGUAACCUUCCUUUUUCGUGUUCAGAGUGCGGGAAAUGUUUUAGUCAGAAGGGAAACUUUCUUAGUCACCAGAGAUGUCACACAGGCGAGCGUCCUUUCUCAUGUCCUGAGUGCGGGAAAUGCUUUCGUCAUAAAGGAAACUUUUUCAGUCACCAGAGAUGUCACACAGGUGAGCGUCCGUUCUCAUGUUCUGAGUGCGGGAAAUGUUUCAGCGAAAAAGGAAACCUCCUUAUACACCAGAGAUUUCACACAGGUGAACAUCCCUUUUCAUGUUCAGAGUGCGGGAAAUCCUUCACUAAGAAAGCAGAACUGAUUAUUCAUCAGCGAAUUCACACCGGCGAGCGUCCUUAUUCAUGUGCAGAGUGCGGGAAAUGUUUUAUUCGGAAAGGAAGGCUUCUUCUACACCAGAGAAUUCACACGGGUGAGCGUCCCUAUUCGUGUUCAGAGUGCGGGAAAUUUUUCAAGGACAAAGGGUACCUUCUUCUGCACCAGAGGAUUCACACCGGUGAGCGUCCUUAUUCAUGUUCGGAGUGUGGGAAAGGUUUCGCUCGGAAAGACAAACUUGUUAUACACCAGAGAACUCACACAGGAGAGCGCCCUUAUUCGUGUUCGGUGUGCGGGAAAAGUUUCACUCAAAAACGUUCACUUACUGGACACCAGAGGAUUCACAUGGACCAAAAACCUUGAUAGCGUUCUGUUCCUCUAAACUGGGUCCCGCACUCACGCAGACCGCACCAUAGGACUAAACUGUGCCAACACAAGGCUUUUGAUUGGCCCAGCCCGUGUGUCAUUAAUUUUUAAUUCAGCUGUGAUGGAUUUCAUUUAAAUGAUUUGAUUGUUUGUGAAUCAUUUAUUUUAUAAAAUAAAAAGGAAAUAUCCACACUUUACAAAA